AUGUAAGAACUCAUUGAAAGAACAAAACUUUAGAUUGCCUUGAAUCAAAUCUAAACUACUGAUUACUAAAAGCUUGUUUAAGACACAGAAUUACUACAUUAAAACAUCAUCGUUACUUUAAACUCAAUCCAAAACAAAGAAAUAUAAGAUUUCUUCUUUAUACUUAAACCAACUUAAUAACUCUAUAAUUGCAUAUGCGGUUUGCUUUGCACUGUUGCAGGUCUAGAUAAGGCCAUAUCAACCGACUAUUUGUUCUUGUAAACAAGGGAAUGGGUGCCAAGUCAAAGUCAAUUUUGUAAGAAUUAUGAACCAAUUUGCUAAAUACUUACUAAUAUUCAAUAGUACACCCUGAAGAAGAAAAUCAAUGUGACCAAUAUCAAAGAAGCAAUGAAAUACUACACUCAAAAUGUUAAAACUGAUGAUCCAUUAACAGUAACAGAAAAACUAGAAUAUAUUCUAAAAUGUGUUAUUGAUUAUUAUGAUUCCUUCCAUAAGAUCCUGAAAUUCAAUAAAAACCAUGAACUGCAAAAAAGAACUCCACAGAAGAAUAGCCAAGAUUAAUUAAAAACUUAUAUGUUAGCAAAAUUAAGCAGUAAUUUUAAUUAAGAUGAAUCAGAAGAAAUAUUGGAUGAACAUACUUAAAUUCAAUUAGAAGAUAAAUAACAAAUUUAAUCAACUACCAAUCAAACUCCAUUAAAAAUGUUGAAUAGAUUCAAAGAUUUUAAUUCUUAUUCUAAAAACAUAUCGUGUAAUCCUAAAAUAUCAAUCAGUCCCUCCUCACCCAGAUAUCAUACUUUAAAAAAAUACUCUUCUUUAUGCAAAUCCCCAGUCUAAUCAAAUUAAUAAUCAUUUAACUUAACUAAUGAAGGCCAGAAUUUCUAAGAAAAUGGAAGCGCAAAGAGUCUUCAACCUAUGAAUCAAUCAAAUAAUUCCAAAAGUUUUUAACAAGAAAAAGAAUUAACCAAUUCACAGAGCAUAACCAAGUAAGUUAGCUCUCCUCCUCCAGUUAUAUCUCCAAGACAAUUAACUAAAAAAGAAGUUCAUGUUACUUCUUAUGAGGCUCCUAAUUUGGACUAAAUUGCUGAAAAAAUUAAUAACGAUGAUCCUGAUAUAGAACAAUAACUCAAAAAUGAAAUACAGAAUGUUCUCAAAUAACUUAAGAAAAUCGAAGGAGUGAAGAAGCAUCUGCUAUGGGAAGAUGAUCGACAAAGCAAAUAACACUUAUUGAAAGCAGAUUCAAGUGUCUCAUAACAAUAAGCAUAAUAAGUUAAAUUAAAUAUUGAUAAUUCUUAAUAAAUUCCAAACUAGAAACAAGUGCAAAACAAAAAGAAAUCAGAAAAAAUAAGCACCUUGAAAACAGAACCUAAUGAUUUCAAGACGAAGAGAAUAUAAAGUCUUUACAAAGAAUUAGAAAGAACAAUAGAACAAAAGAAUCAAGCCUACAAAGAUGCGUAAUGGAUAGAGUAAUAGGUGUAUACUAAAAAUUUAGGAAUUUAAAAAUAUUGA